UAAUAUAACGAUGGCAGACGAAGAGAAUUCCAACGAUACCGAGGUGCUCGACGAAGAGCCACGCAGUAUUCUUCUAGGGCUCAUUUCUCAACUGCGUAAGGGAAUGGAUUUACACAGAGUUACCUUACCAACUUUUGUGUUAGAGCCACGUAGUAUGUUAGAACGGAUCACCGAUUUUAUGAGCCAUCCUGAAUUGAUUAUAAGUAAUGAAAUGAUUGAUGUUUUGAUUUAUAUCAGUGUUUCUAAACAAGAAGAUCCUCUUAAGCGAUUCGUAAAUGUUGUCAGGUAUUAUAUAUCAGGAUGGCAUAUUAAACCCAAGGGUGUAAAAAAACCUUAUAAUCCGGUAUUGGGAGAGUUCUUUCGCGCUCGUUGGCAAUUCCCUGAUAACACUGAAGCAUGUUUCGUAGCUGAACAAGUCUCCCACCAUCCGCCGAUCUCCGCAUAUUAUUACGCAAGUCCCGAAAACAACCUGAUCAUUUGCGGUGACAUAAGACCGAAAUCAAGAUUUUUGGGAAAUAGUGCAGCUACAUUGAUGCAAGGUGAAUCUAAGAUCAUUUUCACCAAUCGACCAGGUGAAAUAUAUCGGAUCGAAAUGCCAAAUGUGUAUGCGCGUGGAAUCUUAUUUGGUAGAAUGGUAAUGGAGUUGGGAGACAACUCCACGGUUCGAUGUGAGAAGAAUGAUUUAAUUUGCGAAUUGGAAUUUCGAACGAAGGCAUGUUCUUGUUUGGAGAUUAAUUUUGCGUAUUCGAACUUCGGAUUUUUUACUGGUGCUUACAAUUCAAUCUAUGGAAAAAUAAAGCGUGAAUCUACAGGAGAAGCACUUUAUGAAAUUACCGGAAAAUGGUCAGACAUCAUGUACAUUAAGGACCUUGAGGCCAAAAGGAAGUGCUAUUUAGUGUUCAGGAUUCGAAGAUAUAUCCAAAGACUGUAG